UUCGUAUAUUAAUUCAACACAAGAUAAAGUAACGUGUUGUUUUAACAUCAAUGUUUUGUCAUUAUUGACAUUAACUGUGAUUAAAGCAACAAAGAACCGAUCGACAAUGACAGGGUCGGAGUGGGAGCCAAUCACGUGACGACGUCGGCUCAGGGUCAGACGGAUCACACACUUCACACAGCAGUGUUGGGUCAGACAGGAUGUUCUACUCUCUGGUGGUCUGCACGGUUCCUCUGCUCUGCUGUGCAGGUACUGGUACUGUUCAUCUUCAGUACUGCGUGUGUGUGUACUCCAGGUACUCACCUUUGUAACUUGUCUUUUCUCUUCCAGCCUGGGAGGUCCGACAGACCCCCGAGGUCCUGGUGCAGAGGGGCGGGUCGGCUCACAUGCACUGCAGUCAAAACAGACACGGUUCCCUCGUUCACAUGGACUGGUUCCAGCAGCCGUCAGGAUCAGCGCUGACCAUGGUCGCCCAGACCGUGCCCUACAAUUCGCCUGUUUUUGCCUCCACUGGGGGGAAGGGCAAGUACUCAGCCCACAAGAAGUCACCCUGGAACGGAUCCUUCACCGUGAACCGCGUGGAGCAGAGCGACGCCGGGGUUUAUCUGUGUGUGGUUUGCUGCCACAGUGAUGCAGAAGCGCCCCCCCGCUGCACAAAAACAACAACCAGUCACAUCACACUCGAUCCAGUCAGGUGUGAGAGCCUGACGCGGUCCAAGUUCAUCGUUGUCAAAAGAACGGAGACGCUCCAGAUCCACUGCAGCUACAACCACCUGACAGGCACCGUGAUGCAGCUGAUGUGGUUCCAACAGAAAGAGGACGGACGGUUGACGUGGGUCGGGCAGGUCGACAGCACGGGUCGGAAGGAGUUGAACCCUGAAUUUUCAGAAAAUGUCAAGAUUACCACUGAGGUGACAGGAAACACGACUCUGAUCAUCUACACACCGUCGUCCUCAGCCGUGUAUUACUGCGCUGCACUCGACAAGUCGUUUUCCUUCGGUGACGGCACCAAGGUCACAGUUUUAGAGUCACAGCGCCCCAUCAGGCCACCGACCGUCACUGUUCUCCCCCCGUCAGUGAAGGAGUGUCAGGACAGAAAAGACGGGCGAAACAAGAAGACCUUAGUUUGCGUCGCCUCGGAGUUCUACCCGGACCACGUGGCCGUGUCCUGGCUGCUGGAUGGAGAAGACGUCACAGGUGGUGUUGUGACCGACAGCGCCGCCCUGUGGAGAGGAGAGCAUUACUACAUCACCAGCAGACUGAGGGUCCCACUCACCCAGUGGUUCACGCCGGGCAGGAACUUCACCUGUCUGGUCAGCUUCUUCGACGGGCACCAGACUGUGUACCGGUCCAACUGGGUCACAGGCGUGGAAGGACCAGGAGCCGAGGCUAUCAGAGGUAAAAGACACCAACGUCUCCACGGUCAAAGGUCAAGGCCUUUAUUUUCUUAUUGUCAUUUUUUUGCAGAUAAAUAUUUGAAGAUCAGCCGCAGCGUUGAACUCUCCUACCUGCUGUUGAUCCUCAAAAGCAGCCUUUACGUUCAGGCCUGA